AUGUGCGCAGAAUUCCUCUCCGACUCCCAGUCCAAAUUCCCAGCAGCAGCACGUAUGGUGAACAGCAGCUAGAGCUCAGCCAGUUCCAGACACAGAGGGAGAGCCUACUGGAAGUUGACUGUAGCAGACCUGGGCCCAGGGGAUAGGCCAGAUGUGUGCCUGGACUGUCAGAUCGAGGCACAGUCCCACUGUUUGUGGUCUUUCAUUCAAGUAAUUAGAUUCUCUCUACCUGCAGGAAUGUAUUUUCUUCUCCUUCUAUGCAAAGCUGUGUUCUGUGGUAGGGGAAAAGUAGAGGCCAUCAAUAUUAAUGUCCUGAGACUAAUACUGUUGGAUAUCUGUCUGACUGUUCAAUAACACCAACCAGCCAAGACAGCAUGGUUGAGAAUACUAGGUUUUUGAAAAUAUAAAAUACUUAGAAAACUUGCGGUUGGUGUAAAUUCAGUAGUCAUUUUGUCUCUCAAAAACAAAAUAUGCUUAUCGCUACAUUGCUGAAGACAUCUGUUGUAUAAGUUCAGUCUUGUUGAUCCCAAAUGUCUUUCUGUUUCUAGAUCCACAGAGAGAAGGAGACAUUCUACCCUGUCCAGUCCUGCACAGAUCCCACGCUACAGGUGAAGACCACCAUCACAGAAUCCACAGGUAAGUCAAGAUAUUAGAAAAAAAGGUGCUAUCUAGAACCUAAAAUAGUUUUUCGGCUGUCUCCAUAGGAGAACACUUUGAAGAACCAUUUUCUGCUCCAGGUAGAACCCUUGUGGUUCCAGGUAGAACCCUUUUGGGUUCCAUUUGAACUCUUUCCACAGAGGAUUCUACAUGGAACCCAAAAAGCAGAAGAACCCUUUUGGAAGCCUUUUUUUCUAAGAGUGUAGUGGAGGCUGAGGGCGUGACACACAACCCACUAACAUACAGAGCUCAUAUUCAAAAGAACUCUGUGUCUUCCAGGCAGCUUGUCAGAAGAAUUUGUAUUAACCAAUACCAGGCAUGGCAUGGCCAAUGCUGAGUUUAUUUCUGCCAGGCAGUCAGUUAUCAUAUAGGUUAUAUGAGAUAGAGAAGAGCAGAAAUUAAGAUUAGGAAGGUUGUCAGGGGUCUGGAGGUCCUUGCUUGGAUCAUGGAAGAGCACUUGCCAGAAUAUAAUUUGAUUUCUGGAAGAUAUCAGUUGGAAAGGCCAGGUUGUAAUUUAAUUUCAGAGGAUUAAAUAUGUACUGCAGAGAAGAGAGCAGAGCUCUGUAAGAGUAGAGAGAGGCUUAAAAUGGUAAGGUCAUUGAUUCAGAUAAGAUGGGGAUGGCAUGGACCUGCUUUAAUUUGAAUUUCGAUCCCUACUGCACCAUGCGUCACCAUAGUAUCAAUCAAUGUAUCUCUUAUCCGUAGACUAGCUUAGCAUAUUGUGCAUAUUGUGCAACCCUACCACCUUUGACGUCUGAAGAAGUUAGUAUUCACAUCUGUGCAGAGAUCAGUUUGAAAAAGAUAGCUUAUGUCAUAGGAAUUAGACUAGUGUUCACAUCUGUGCAGAGAUCAGUUGCCAUCAUAGCUUAAAAAGAUAUCCAUAUCACUGCAUUGUCCUUAGCAUCUCUGUAUCGUUGUCCCCUCCCAAUCCCACCGUUCUGGUUGCUAGGCCAAACAAUGACAAAACAACAUCCCACUCAUAUACAAUAACAUCCUUCCUGACAAAAUAAAUAAAUAAAUAACUAAUACUUUUUUUGCAACUGACGUCAUCAACAUCCUGCCCAAGAGGAUUGCAACUAGCAAUCCAAAACUGCUUUGCAGCACGUUUGUCUUCCUGAUCAUGUGAUAGGAAGGCCCGGAAAAUCAUUCAAGACUCUCUGCUUCCACACGGCAAGUGGUACCAGUGCAUCAAGUCUGACACCAACAGGCUCCUUCUAUCCCUAAGCCAUAAGACUGCUAAAUAGCUAACUAAAUAGCUAAUAAAAUGGCUACUAUCUGAGUUUACUAUUUAUUUUUGCACUGUCUCAACACACUUACGCACACUGACACUCCAACACACACACACUGACACUCCAACACACACAAACACGGCAGGGCCACUCAUCUUGAUAACCCUUUUCUCUCUCACAGAAUUUCCUGUGUCCCCGUGCUCUGAGAGCGUUGGAGGUUCUUUGUUGACCACUGGUGCCCUGCAAGACUCAGUCAGUGAUGUGGACAGUCUGGGAGAGGACAGUGUCUUCAGAAAGGUGAGCACAGCACACUGGACUGGACCCAGACACUCUCUUUUAGUCACAAUACCAAGAGCAGUAGGCGUGUCUUCAUCGGCUUUGACAUGAUAGCAUGCAAGUAUACAGUGCAUUCGGAAAGUAUUCAGACUCCUCACGUAUUCCACAUUUUGUUACGUUACAGCCUUAUUCUAAUUUUCCUCAUCAAUCUACACACAAUGCCCCAUAAUGACAAAGGUUUUUAGAAUUUUUUGCAAAUGUAUAAAAAAUAAAAUACUGAAAUACCUUAUUUACAUAAGUAUUCAGACCCUUUGCUAUGAGACUCAGCUCAGGUGCAUCCUGUUUCCAUUGAUCAUCCUUGAGAAGUUUCUACAACUUUAUUGGAGUCCACCUGUGGUAAAUUCAAUUGAUUGGACAUGAUUUGGAGAGGCACACACCUGUCUAUAUAAGGUCCCACAGUUGACAGUGCAUGUCAGAGCAAAAACCAAGCCAUGAGGUCGAAGGAAUUGUCCGUAGAGCUCCGAGACAGGAUUGUGUCGAGGCACAGAUCUGGGGAAGGGUACCAAAACAUUUCUGCAACAUUGAAGGUCCACAAGAUCACAGUGGCGUCCAUCAUUCUUAAAUCGAAGACGUUUGGAACCACCAACAUCCUUCCUAGAGCUGGCCGCCUGGCCAAACUGAGAAAUCGGGGGAGAAGGGCCUUGGUCAGGGAGGUGACCAAGAACCCGACGGUCACUCUGACAGAGCUCCAGAGUUCUUCCUCUGUGGAGAUAGGAGAACCUUCCAGAAGGACAACCAUCUCUGCAGCACUCUACCAAUCAGGCCUUUAUGGUAGAGUGGCCAGACGGAAGCCGCUCCUCAGUAAAAGGCACAAGACAGCCCGCUUGGAGUUUGCCAAAAGGCACCUAAAGACUCUCAGACCAUGAGAAACAAGAUUAUCUGGUCUGAUGAAACCAAGGUUGAACUCUUUGGCCUGAAUGCCAAGCGACACGUCUGGAGGAAACCUGGAACCAUCCCUACGGUGAAGCAUGGUGGUGGCAGCAUCAUGCUGUGGGGAUAUUUUUCAGCGGCAGGGACUGGGAGAGAUGAAUGGAGCAAAGUACAGAGAGAUCUUUGAUGAAAACCUGCUCCAGAGUGCUCAGGACCUCAGACUGGGGCAAAGGUUCACCUUCCAGCAGGACAAUGACCCUAAGCACACAGCCAAGACAACGCAGGAGUGGCUUCGGGACAAGUCUCUGAAUGUCCUUGAGUGGCCCAGCCAGAGCCUGGACUUGAACCCGAUCGAACAUCUCUGGAGACACCUGAAAAUAGCUGUGCAGCGACGCUCCCCAUCCAACCUGACAGAGCUUGAGAGGAUCUGCAGAGAAGAAUGGGAGAGAAACUCCCCAAAUACAGGUGUGCCAAGCUUGUAGCGUCAUACCCAAGAAGACUGUAGGCUGUAAUCGCUGCCAAAGGUGCUUCAACAAAGUACUGAGUAAAGGGUCUGAAUACUUAUGUAAAUGUGAUGUUUCAGUUUUUAUUGUUAAUACAUUUUGAUAAACCUGUUUUUGCUUUGUCAUUAUGGGGUAUUGUGUGUAGAUUGAUGAGAAAAAAAAUAAUUUCAUCCAUUUUAGAAUAAGGCUGUAACGUAACAAAAUGUGGAAAAAGUCAAGGGGUCUGAAUACUUUCUGAAUGCACUGUAUUAUGAGUCUUUUCUGUUUGUUAAUGUACCUUCAGACCACAGCAGACUGGUUAUCUUCCUCUACCAUGUGACAUAAGCAGGCUCCCAUGAACACUCAUUCCUGGGCCAGCAAACCCAUUAUGACCUCAUCCCCCUUGCUUACUCUUUUACCGCCCUUCCUCCCCUGCCCUGUCCCCCACCCUUCUUUCAAAGUGUACACACAGUGCAGGGCGGUGGAGUCAUAACGGCACUCCAAAGCUGUUUUUCCACUACAGCCUUGGACCUCGUUUCUUUGGUUUCAACAGCUUUGGUUUCUCUGCCCUCAUGAGGUCCUUUCCUCUCCAGGCAUCUCCUUAGCACUCACCCACACAUGCAUACUGUAACUUCAACUCACUCUGUAGGUUACAUUUUUAAUUUCAUUAGGCUAUGUUUUUGUAUUUUUAUGUUUAAAAAAAAUUGUAAGUUAAUCAGUCAAACGUAAGAAAGGUUAAGAAAUGUUUUCUUCUUGAGAAGCUACACAACUCUAGCCCCUCCGCAUCCCGUCUUGAGGUCUGUCAUUACGCAACAGGUUUUGAAACUUCGGGUGACCUCAGCACUUUGGACAGAGACAGGCAGGCAGUGACCAAAAAAGGACCUGAGUUACAUGACUCAAUUAAACGACUCUUUUCAUUCCUCAAAGGCCCUUUUUUAAACGAUCCUAUUCCAAAUCCAAUUUUCUCUAGAGCAAAUUUUCGAAAUGUGUGUUUGUGUGUGUGCGUGACUUCGUCACUGCGUGUGAGUAGUGUAGGUGUGUAGAGAGCGUUAGCUGGUUGACUGCUUCCCUGCUGCGUGAUCUCAGGCAGGCUGAGUCAUUUGUUCUGGAAGCUGAUUUUCCAUGGCCUUCUCCUCAUAAAGAGGCCUGUAUGGUUAUUAUGCUCCGAGCCACUGCGGCCGACCGUUAGCCCAACACCCGCCCGCCCAGCGCUGGCACUGCUGGAGAAUGUGAAAAUUAAUGAUACACUCCCAAUGGAAAUCAUCAUCUGCAGCCUGCCUGCCUGCCUCCCUAAAGGGUGUGUGUUUCAGUUGUUAUGUAACCUUUAUAGGGCUGGAAAAAACGAUCUCUCCCUGCCUUGUCCUUUUCCUCUCACCAGACUGAAGCCUGCAGGAAGCUCAGACUAAUGGCAGCUCAGACCAGUCAUCAUCAGGCCUAACCUCACAGGCCUGGCAAGUGUGAGAAACAGCCUGGGAGACAAUGGGACAGGACAUUUUUGUUUUGACAUUUAGGGACACAUUUGGCAUCAUGCUUACCAUACGUGUUAGAUUAGGUGUAAUGUGCAAUUCCAGCUAAAAUAAGUCUGUUCCAGCAAAAAGUCACCUACAGACUUUCCAAACCCUAAUAUAUAAUAUAUUGUGUACCCUGAAGAAGGCCUGUGAGCCGCAACAUGUUGGUGCAUUUUAUUUUUGCUAUGAAAUAGCCGCUAAAAUAAAGGUGCCUUGGAUUCUUUUGAAGUAUGAUGUUUUUACACAGCUGCAACUUCAUUUGGUUGCUAUAAGUUAUACCCCAUUCUCAGAUGAGCACCUCUUUGUCUUUAUACUUGAUGUCAAAGCAGCGCUCCCUCUUUUUUGCACCCUAAUAUAAUGCCUUUGAGUUGAGUUGUGUUGACUUUGACUCCGGUGGUUAACAGGGUCUCUCUGGGUCCUCUCUGUCCCCAGGCUGUGGAUAGGCCAAGGGAUAGCACCAGCGGGGUGUCAGUGUCCUUCUCCUCCAUAGACGACGUGGCCAUUGUGGGUCCCCUCAGCGCCAGCUCCCAUGGCAGUGUAGGUCCCCUUAGUGUCUCCUCCCAGGGCAGCAUGGGCCCUCCUUGGGCCGGGGCGGGGGCGGUGCGAACCAGGGCCAGCUGGAGCUCUGGAGACACCUGGCAGACGACAGGGAAGGGAGGAGAGGAGGAGGAGAGGAAAGACAAGCUGACAGAGGGGCCUGUAUGCUCCUCCAUCAUGCGCCCAUGUAUCCGCUCGCUCUCUCCGUUCCGCCGGCACAGCUGGGGCCCGGGGAAGAAUCCUGAAGGAGAAACGGAUAUGAACCAACGCAGGUGAGUGCUCUUAAACCCAGACACUGACCUCUAACCCCAAACACUGACCUCUAACCCCAAACACUGACCUCUUACAUGUACCCCACACACACUCACAUAAACCUACAGUACUCCCCGGGAAGGAUAGCUAUGGAUGGAUGGUAAAAAGUCAUCUGUGUGAACCAUAUGCCGCCAACUCGUACAGUAUUCUGACUUGUCCUCAGUAUGAUGAUAUCUAUUGUGGAGACACUAGUAGCCUGGGAAGUACAGUGUGCAGGGAUGAGACUAGGACAGAGACUGUCUCCCAGAGGAGUGGUGCUCAUACGGCCUCGUGUGUGUGUGUGUGUGUUGAUGUUUAUGUCUUUGUGAUCCGUGCUUGUCCCUCAGAGGGCCUGUAUACAGUACAGUCAGUCAGCCUGGAGGCUCCUCUGUGUAAGUGGACUUUGUGGGAAAGGCCUUGUCCAGGUCAAAGUUUAAACACUGACCUCUGACUUCUUUAAACAGCUGUGUGAGAAGUAGUGUACCAUCACUCCUCUGACAUCAUCACUCAUUCUGCUCAAUGUUUCAGUCUGCAAGACAUAUCCAGAGGCCCGCCUUGAAUAGCCUUUGUUUCUAGUGCCACCAAUUCCUUCUUAUUCAUUAUCACCCAUUUGAUCAUGUAUUGUACUGUCAGUGCUCCCAUCUCUCUCUGUCCAUCCCUCCUUUCCUGUCUUCUGAUCAUCUCUCCAUCCAUCUCUUCUCAGUUCAUUGCGAAGUCAAGGGGAAGGGAAGCCUCGAAAGCCAACAUUUCAUAGGAGAAGGUACCACACAGUUAUUUCUCAAUGUUUCCAUUCUGACUCUCCCUGGUGUGUUGCAAUUACGGGAAGAAAAUGCUAAACAUACUUUUACCUCUAUCGCACAUAUGCUAUGGAAAAGUCAUUACUAAAACAGUAUGAGAAUACUCUCAAAUUCUUUCUGGAGAGUGUGGAAACCAAGAACAUCGUUUUUUCCUCCAAUAUAAUACUUCAUCAAACCACUCCAAUGGGAAAAAAAGCCUACCUUUUACUGCAGUGAGCUAAAUCAGGGUCACACAGUGUUUCUUGGUAGUCUUAAACAAAUCUACUUUGAAACAAAAGUAUACACCUCACACACAUGGCUAUGGGCCUAAUCAUUAACCCACCACUUUUACCUUUGACCAUCACACCUCACCCUGAAAUAACAUCUCCCUGUUUCUCCUCCCUUUGUCCGCCCAUCUCUCCUCCUGUCCCUGUCCAUCCUUCUCCCUGUCAGUAUGAGCUGGUGUCCCUCCAACAUCCCCCCUCCUCACCCGGAACAGAUUGAUAGCAGAAGGUAUGCAAUCACCGAGUGUGAACUAUCUCCCUAGGGUGAUAAAUAGAGAUGGAAAGAAUGCAGUUACAGUAUAGGAUGAUUAACAAGAUGAGAAAUAAAAAAGUGAGAGGAGCCCCUGCAUGUUCUGUGCUCUGUGCAUGAUGUGCUGUAUCUGGCUUGGUGGGUGCUUUGUCACUGCUGCUGUCACUGCUGUCUCUUUGUCUCUGUCACCUCGUUGGUCAGUUGUUGUCGACCUCAGGAUGCACUUUUCUUCUGUCUGCCUCUCUCUCUCUCUCUCUUUCUCUCUCAGAGACAAGUAAGCUAGAAUUUAGAGGGAAAGCAUCAAGCAUCUUUAGAACAAUCGUAUUAUACUGCUACACUGCUGGUUAACUACUGCAAAGCUUAACAUUACCAAUAUAAGCAUCAUCAUCAGUGAGCCAUACAUGUGAGUUAUGGUUUUAGUUCAGUUAGUCUCGCUUGGCAGCUUCAGUGAGAGGAUCAAUCAACACACAGCUGGGAACGAGGUGAUAGGUGUUUUGUACACCAAUACUGAAUGCUGAUUUCUUAUUCUUAUGAUCUCAAGUGUGUUAUUUGAUGGCUAUUAUUUAACAUGAAUUGUUCUGUUGUUUUACAUUUGCUACACUUGGCCGAGUGGCGCAGCGUCUAAGGCACUGCAUCGCAAUGCUUGAGGCGUCACUACAGAUCCGGGUUCGAUCCCGUGCUGUGUCGCAGCUGGUCGCGACCGGGAGACCCAUGAGGCGGCGCACAAUUGGCCCAGCGUCGUCCGGGUUAGGGGAGGGUUUGGCUGGCAGGGAUGUCCUUGUCCCAUCGCGCUCUAGUGACUCCUGUGGCGGGCCGGGCGCAUGCACGCUGACACGGUCGCCAGUUGUACGGUGUAUCCUCUGACACAUUGUUGCGGCUGGCUUCCAGGUUAAGUGAGCAGUGUGUCAAGAAGCAGUGCGGCUUGGCAGGGUCGUGUUUCGGAGGACGCAUGGCUCUCGACCUUCGCCUCUCCCAAGUCCGUACGGGAGUUGCAGCGAUGGGACAAGACUGUAACUACCAAUUGGAUAUCACGAAAUUGGGGAGAAAAAGCGGUAAAAAGUACAAUUUUUUUGUAUAAUAAUAGUAAUAAUUUAGCUACACUUUUUAAAUUAACUAAAUUAAAGGUUGCUAACCUGAAAUCGAAGCUUGGGGGGAAAAAUAUUUAUUAUACUUCAGUUAUUUCCUGUUUACAUUAUAUUUAGGUUUGCAUGUAUGUGUUCCUUCCUGUUUGUGCUGGUGUUCAUAUAUUCCCCUUUGGCUAUACAUGCUUUCCUUCCUUUCAUUGUAAAUAAGAAUUUGUUCUAAACUGACUUGCCUAGUUAAAUAAAGGUUAAUAAAUAAAUAAAUAAAUAAAAUAAAAAUCACCUCACUGCUGUACUGCAGGGAUGUUAGUUAAGUGUGAAUAUGUGCAUGUACUUGUACGCUACACUUGUGUGGUUUCAGUUUUUAAAUAACUGCCUGGAGCAUGAAGAUCUGCUGGGUGUGUUCACUGCUUGCCUGUGGUUUAAAGACCUCUCAGGAUGUUAGUAUCUACUGUCCUUAAACUAAAUACUUUCAGUAACUCACACAGUUUUGUUGUGUUGUGGCUGCAGUUACAGUUUGGAGGGCCUGGCUGGAGAGGAGGAUGCUGGGAAGGCUUCCGCCAAUGUGGGGACCGCUGCUCGUGUGACACGUCUAGACAGUGAGGAGAGAGGCUCGCUUCUGUCCCUGACAGAGGAGCAGGAAUCAGACCUGGGGGACUGCAGCAGCCUCGACAGCCAGGUACAUGUCCAGGCUUAUCUUUACCAUUGGGGUCCUGUGUUUUUGUAACUUUGUAACUUUGUAAAUGUGUAACUUCCCAUGUAGAGUGGCUCUCUGUAUGCACAGUAGUUGAGUGAUUCAUGUUUUAUUUUAUCUCAGACAUCUAGAUCACUGAUCUUUCUCUAUCCUCUAUUUCAGAAAUCAGGGAGAGUUCUGCCUGUGAGACGUCCCCCCAUGCCUCACCAAGUGCUCACCAAGUCAGUGUCCAUGCUGGCCAUCAGUCACAGAGACCUGGAUGGUGGGGCUCACCCUAACACUUUGACACUCUCUCUGGGUUCCCCUCUACACCACACGUGUCAAACUCAUUCCACAGAGGGCCGAGUGUCUGCGGGUUUUCGCUCCACCCUUGUACUUGAUUGUUGAAUUAAGGCCGCUAAUUAGUAAGGAACUCCCCUCACCUGGUUGUCUAGGUCUUAACCUUUUACUGCAAGUGGGCUAAAUCAGGGUCACACUGAGUAUUUCUUGGUAGUCUUAAACAAAUAUACUUUGGAACAAAAGUAUACACCUCACACACAUGGUUAUGGGCUUAAAAAGAAGAAACACUUUAUAUACAUCACAGAAGACUGAAAUAUAACAAAACCUUUUGCCAUAGAAACACUGGAUUUUCAGCAGGUUUUUUGAAAGAAUGUUUAUUAAUUAAGAAAUAGUGAAAAAUAUUAAUAAGAUUCCACCCAUGAGGCCACUGGAGGGCGAUUUGGUCAUUUGACUGCAGGAAAGGGAAAAACUAAAACCUGCAGACACUCUGCCCUCCAUGGAAUGAGUUUGACACCCCACUGCUCUAUAGCCUUCGCUCUCACUCUCUCUCUCUCUCUGUGGUGGCAUGGUGGUACAAAAGGCCAGGCCUCUAUCUAUCCAACAAUCAAGUCUCCUGUCACCUACUGUUUCCAACCUCAUCCUUCAGGUCAAUUUUCUCUCUUUACCUCUGCUAUGUAUUUUCCAGACAGUUGACAGGAACAGAAUCCAAUCAGGUGGUUAGUUCACUCUCUCAAUCCCAAUCUCCUCUGGGGCUAACAGGGCCUACUGUUACAGAUUCUCGUCACUAUCACUGGGGUGCUGAUUUCUCCCUUCUCUGCUUUCCCUGUCCCUUUGUGUGGGGUUCACUCAUUCGAUCACUUGGAAGGGAAUGAGGUCGAGUCUGUGUAGGGUUCACUUGAUCACUUGGAAGGCAAUGCAGUUCGGCCCAGGUUCUUGUGCUCAUUUAACACGUGAUUUGAUGUCUUUUGUACCCUUGAACUGGAUAGCAAACGGACGGACUCGACCAAAGAGACACAUCUCCUUCUCCUUCAGCAUCCCCAAAUCUAGAACAUUAUUUUCUAUUGGCUCUUCCUCCAGUGAUGAGGAGGAGGUUGUGAGUAAGUACUGUACAGCUCCCAGAAUACCCUGAGUGCCCACCUAGCCCCUGGCUGCUUCCUGUGUAGUGUGCCUCUACGUCUGCCCAUGUCACUAAACGGACGUCACAUCCCUCUAAACUCUAAAUCAAACCCUAAUCUCUGUUUGGUCCCCUCCCCUUAACAGGAUCAAUGUCUCGGAAGUUGUAGACAAGUCAUUUGGUUUGAGAGAAAUUCAACAAGUACAUAUCUUUGUUUUCAAACAAGGUUUUCAUCUGCAGUCACCAAAACAAAACUGAACAGGUGAUCAGAUAGACUGGUAAUGAUAUUCAUGUCUACCUAGUGAAAAGUCAAGCAAAGUGUUUAUGGAAAGAGUAAGGCAAUUGCUCCCACAUAGAUUAUUAGGUCUUGUAAAUUGGGCGAGUGACCAGUGCAUUAUUUGUGUCUGUUGAGUUAUUAUGCUCUAUACAGACGCAUGUGAUUUUCUGACUAUGGCUUCAUCACCUCAGCUUAGUUCUGAAAACCUUGGUUACCAUGACAAGGACUGAAGAAGUAUGAAAGGAUUACCGUAUGCCAAACCAUGUCCACGUUUUUUAAUUUCAGUCAAAUUGAAAAUAAAAUACAAAUCUGCCAAGAUGUUCACAUAUUUCUUAAAUGUUCAUGAAACAGUCAAGGACAAGAUUGACUCUUUUGUCCUUUUAAGUGCGAUGUAUUUGUGAACGAUUUGUACAUUGCUGAAAACCUAGCAACAGCAGCAGACUCAAUGAGAUCUUUUAUAAGAAUGAAUUCUGCAGCUUCAGAGUAAAAAGCCCUCUGCAGUCCAGUCAGCCAUCUGGAAUCAUCAUCAUUAUCCAUUCUGCCCUUAUUGAAUAUCUGCACGAGAUGCCCAUGAACCCAGCUUUCUCCUAGCACAGAUUUCCCCAGGUCCAAAGUAGCCCUUUUCCUAUUGUAUUUGACAUGGCUGCCAUGCAUAUUAUGUCCCUCCUGUGAUUUUUCCACACAUUUCUUCUCCUUUUUCUUUCCAUCACUUCUAUUUAUUCCCCCUAGCCUCCAUUAUUUGAAAUCCACAUAAACACAUUUCAAAGUGUUCCUUUUGGGCUUCACAGCUGCUAAAAAGGAUUGAGUUUCCUUUAGGAAAUUUCACUGCUGCUUUCACACUCCUUUGAGCCUCGUAAGAACGGCUUGUAUAUUAUUUGGGAGCGAACGAUAGGAAGAAAAUCCCUGGCCGGGCCGUUACUGGGGGAUGACGUUUCAAAGGGCUUUCGCUGCUAUAGCGUUUCAGAUCUACAGCUUAAGAGCUGUAAGAGAUUUUGCAUGGCAGUUUUUGAAAAUGUCUCUGUGUUUAUCAUGUGAUGUGUGUCUUAUUGAGCUUUGCUGGAGGACUGUGUUUGGCCCCUAGUAACUCUCUUUAUUACUGGCUGCCCUUGACUACUACUGGAACUAUAUGCUGCCUUAUGUUCACAUUCCUUAGUGUAUGUAUUUUAUGGGUCUUGAUGUUAAUUGGAUAUGUCCUUAACCAUAUUACCCAGUGUGCAAUUCCACAUGUAACCUGUCCUACCAGGUACCCACUGGUUCAGUUGGAUGUUGGUACAACCGUGUUAUGUGAUAUCACCUCUGCUUGGAAAUGUCUUGUAAUGAAUAUGUAGUAUGUCAUUUACACUUGUACUGAACCACAAUACUGAUAAAAGUAUGACAGGCCUGUUUCAUGGUUAAAUACUGUUAGUCUAUGAUUUUAUACAGAGGAAUUCCAGUCUGUAAUCUCUGUUAUUUCAACAUGCUUCCAUUGCUCGUAUUGUAUAUCCAUUUAGAACCAUAUAUCACACAAUCUGCUGUUCCAUUGGUCCAGCUCAUCACCUCCUCUCUCUAUUUCUACUGUAGGAAUGGGAUCCUUUUCCAGUACUUCUGGGUCACUAGAGUACAGGUACGACAGAGACUUUCUUUUCAAUGGGGCUGUUCUUACAAUGUGUACUCUGAUUGCUAUUUCUCCAGCAGGACAAGUGUAAAUGGCCGUAUGUUCAGUGCAUUUUUCCUUGUCUGGUUCAGCAUCUCUGAGGAGGACCCGGGUCCCCUGCAGAACUACACUGAGGGGAGACAAGGGACCAAGGUCAGCCGCACUUUCAGUUACCUCAAGAGCAAAAUGAGUACCAAGAAGAACAAGGUGAGUCUGUCCAUUCAGCCUGUACUCCUCUCCUCCUCUUCCUCUUCCUCUUCCUCCUCCUCCUCCUCCUCCUCCUCCUCCUCCUCCUCCCCUGCUCCUCCUCCUCCUCCUCCUCCACUUCCUCCUCUCCUCCUCCACUUCUUGCACUAGCAGAGCACAGGGCCUGGCUCAGAAUUGUCAGUGAGAGGAUAAAUCAAGUUGUAUUGGUUAAUUGAAUUGAAGAAGCCCCAGUAGUACAUUUUCAAUCUGACCCUAGUGCUAUUGUUCCCUCUUGGUUUUUCUGACGUUAAAUCAAAUGGAUUAUUAGGUGUUCAAAGGCUUCUCAAUACACACAGUUCUAUGGAUACAUUCAUACAGAAUACAUGUAUUCAGAAGUGAUUUCUAUCUACCUGAGUGUUUAUUAGUAAAACAGUGAGCAGGCUAAUAUAGAUAUUACAAUCGAAGCCGUCGUUUCCAGAAUAAGACACUUUCUCUGGCUGUUAUCUGGGUUCAGGGAGUCAUAAUCAGAUUGUAAAUUAUGUGAGGGAGCAUACAGUAUCUUUCUGCUAGGUAAGUGUAUCCGUCUGUGAGUUGUGAGUAGCAGAGCGAGGCGCCUGGUAUGCACGCAGUAGGGAAGUCAAACAGGAAACAGAGGCAUGCUGUGGUCUUUCUCAAAAAGCCAUCUGUAUGGCAUCACUGCUUCUGCAAAAACAAACCAUUCUCUUAGACCUAAUUCUACCAUGCUUCCUGAUAACAUUAAAGGAAAUAACAGUAAUGACCAGACCAUGCAUCAACACAGUUCUCAUGUGAUUUUAUUUCCCUGUGAUUGUAUCCCCAAAAAUAUAUUUUAUUUUCAUUGACUUGUAAUUACAUAGAAGAACAUAAAAAAAAUUACAGUAACUUAACACAUAACACAUACACACAUAUAUGGGCUCCAACAAUGUCCCAUGUUUGUAUAGCUUCCAACUUGCGCUUUGAAAGUAUGUACAUUGUACAUACUGUAGAAACAUUUGCUGAGAUUGCGAGCUAGAGGCCGGAAGCUACAGUGGGGCUGGUGUGUAACAGAAACCGCAGACUACAGCAGUGCAGAGGCACAGCACAGCUCCUCCCUCCACCACCCCCCUCAUCCUACACAUGGUAUCUCACUUCCUCCUGUUGGGCUGAUGGCUGGCGUCAUGGGAACGCCAGUGUUCUGUCAGGCUGUAACGCCUGUUGUUCCAGACCAGCGCAAAGACUGUCACUGUAAUGUUGUGUAGACGGCUCCUGGCACACGGUCGCUCCCUGAAGCUGAGGGCUGAGACAGGACAGGAUGAGGUAGGGGAUAUUGGUCAUUUGGGGCUUCUGGGAAGAAAUUGAGAGUUGUUAGUCACCAUAAUGUAUUACUGUACUGCAUGUCAAAGGUGUGCCUCACACUUUCCUAAUGUAACCUUUUUACUGUAUUUGUUUAUCAUAUCUACUAGUUCAUUUCUAUGACUUUGAAUGGUGUGGAGUCUUCGUUGGCAGCCUGUGACUUGUGUUUAGAUGAGAAGUGAAGAAGUGUCUUCAGCCUCAUUGUUUAGAGUUGACUAGCGCCUGGCUCAUGGCACACCGCUCAGACAGGAACACACGAUGAUACUCUUCUCACCACACAUUCUUCCCUUUUUCAGGAGAAUUGAUUGAGCAUCGUAUUUAGGUUGAGUCAGAAUCAUAGAAUCAUAGGAUAUUGGUUGUUUCCUGUACCUAUCAUGAAUGAGUGUCUACAGUACCUUGCAAAAGUAUUCAUCCCCCUUGGCGUUUUUCCUAUUUUGUUGCAUUAAUUUAAAUGGAUUUUUAUUUGGAUUUCAUGUAAUGUACAUACAAAAAAUAGUCCAAAUUGGUGAAGUGAAAUGAAAAAAAUAACUUGUUUCAAAAAAUUAUACAAAAUAAAUAACGGAAAAGUGGUGCGUGCAUAUGUAUUCAACCCCUUUGCUAUGAAGCCCCUAAAUAAGAUCUGGUGCAACCAAUUACCUUCAGAAGUCACAUAAUUAGUUAAAUAAAGUCCACCUGUGUGCAAUCUAAGUGUCACAUGAUCUGUCACAUGAUCUCAGUAUAUAUACACCUGUUCUGAAAGGCCCCAGAGUCUACAACACCACUACGCAAGGGGCACCACCAAGCAAGCGGCACCAUGAAGACCAAGAAGCUCUCCAAACAGGUCAGGGACAAAGUUGUGGAGAAGUACAGAUCAUGGUUGGGUUAUAAAACAAUAUCUGAAACUUUGAACAUCCCACGGAGCACCAUUAAAUUCAUUGUUAAAAAAUUGAAAGAAUAUGGCACCACAACAAACCUGCCAAGAGAGGGCCGCCCACCAAAACUCACGGACCAGGCAAGGACGGCAUUAAUCAGAGAGGCAACAAAGAGACCAAAGAUAACCCUGAAGGAGCUGCAAAACUCCACAGCGGAGAUUGGCUUAUCUGUCCAUGGGACCACUUUAAGCCGUACACUCCACAGAGCUGGGCUUUACGGAAGAGUGGCCAGAAAAAAGCCAUUGCUUUUUGGCCAUCAAGGAAAACGCUAUGUCUGGCGCAAACCCAACACCUCUCAUCACCCCGAGAACACGAUCCCCACAGUGAAGCAUGGUGGUGGCAGCAUCAUGCUGUGGGGAUGUUUUUCAUCGGCAGGGACUGGGAAACUGGUCAGAAUUGAAGGAAUGAUGGAUGGCGCUAAAUACAGGGAAAUUCUUGAGGUAAACCUGUUUCAGUCUUCCAGAGAUUUGUGACUGGCAUGGAGGUUCACCUUCCAGCAGGACAAUGACCCUAAGCAUACUGCUAAAGCAACACUUGAGUGGUUUAAGGGGAAACAUUUAAAUGUCUUGGAAUGGCCUAGUCAAAGCCCAGACCUCAAUCCAAUUGAGAAUCUGUGGUAUGACUUAAAGAUUGCUGUAUACCAGCGGAACCCAUCCAACUUGAAGGAGCUGGAACAGUUUUGCCUUAUAGAGACAUACCCCAAGAGACUUGCAGCUGUAAUUGCUGCCAAAGGUGGCUCUACAAAGUAUUGACUUUGGGGGGGGUGAAUAGUUAUGCACGCUCAAGUUUUCUGUUUUUUUGUCUUAUUUCUAAUUUGUUUCACAAUAAAAAAUAUUUCGCAUCUUCAAAGUGGUAGGCAUGUUGUGUAAAUCAAAUGAUACAAACCCCCCAAAAAUCCAUUUUAAUUCCAGGUUGUAAGGCAACAAAAUAGGAAAAAUGCCAAGGGGGUGAAGACUUUCGCAAGCAACUGUAUCUGUACAAUAAACCUGAUAGUGUGUUUUCUCUCAGCCCAGUGUAUUGUCUGUGGUUACAUUAAUAUACUGUAACCUUUUGUCGGAAUUAUGUUUCUGUUUGUGAAUGUUGGGAAGGGGUUUUUGAGACUAGCGGUCAAUGAUGUCAGCAUACUUCCUCAGUAUAUCUUUGUGCAAGUGACUCAUGGUUCUCGGCUUUGGCGAACUACUAUCUAAGUGUGAGAUCUAUUCGUAAGACCUUGAUUGCUUAACUAUGGAAAGCAUAACAGUGCUUUGACUAUUUUCUUUCUAUCUCUAUCCCCUUGCAGGAGAAAGACAAAGAGAAGGGUCAGGGGAAGGAGAAAGACACCAAGGAGAAGAAGACCCUGAACGGCCAUCUCUUCAGCUCUGUGAACCCAGCGCCCUCCACAACCUGCCACCAAUGCAACAAACCCAUCAACACUAAAGAAGCUUUCCUCUGCACCAGUAAGACACCACCUCUCCUCUUCUGUAAACCACUUCCUCUUCCUCCUCCUCCUCCUUCUUCUUCCUCCACCUCUGUCAACCAGCCCACGUCAGGUGUUAUGAGAGACCAGACUCCCCAGUACACAACUUAGUCAUUUUGUUCCAUGGUAAGAGACACUGCUCUAGUUUUAUUAAACCCUCAAAACCCUUAUUUCUUUACGUGGUGGUUACAUAGGCCUACGAAUGGUGCUGCUCUGGACAAUUACUUAGCGGGUUUCUACCUGUUGGUUUUCAGUGGCUCAAACUGUGUUUGCAGUCAUUGUGUAAUGUCUGGUGAUGGAAUGUCUUAUUUGGUUCCAAGUCAUGUGACAAAAUGGUGACUACUUACUAUAUUCACUUCUCUAAAACGGCCUAGUCAGAUUUUCUAGUUGAGAAAGUCCAUACUAAGCAAAACACAGGAAAUCCUACAUGGCGAGGGUCUGUCUGAGGAGAACUUAAGAGGAUGUUGUUUAUUUUGGGGCCAACAGAAGUGGACAUAUAGAAACUCUCUCUCGGGGCAGUAUGUACAUUCCUCCCACCAUCUUUGUAUGGACAGCAGCAUGCAUUAGAACAGCAGAGUAGCCUACUCCCAAGCCUAGUCAGUCUGUCUGAAGCAUGAUGGACUGGGUGGGUCUGUCCCAGUGAAGAGGGGGUGGGUGGUUAGAGGGAACUAGGGACAGGGGACGGAUGUGGCCCUCGUCCCAGCCAGUCCACUCAGUCUUUCACUGGGUUGCAUCACCCUGCCCCAGCUGGAAGACGUCAGCUCUGCUCUUACAGCUCGGCUCUGUCUCUCUGUACUCUGCUGUGUGGAGACAAACAUCCUGUCUCUCUCUCUCUCUCUCUCUCUCUCUCUCUCUCUCUCUCUCUCUCUCUCUCUCUCUCUCUCUCUCUCUCUCUCUCUCUCUCUCUCUCUCUCUCUCUCUCUUUCUCUCUCUCUCUCUCUCUCUCUGUAUGUCUGUCUCUCACACACACUGGCAGAGUAUAUUUUGCUGUAAGCCCUAUUUAGGUUUCCGUGUCAAAUUUCUCAGAAGUGACUUCGUUUUAGUCACGAUGUGUUUCACAGCAUUGCGGCCCACAAAGGGUUUGACAAGCCCUUAGUUUUGACAAUUCAGAGAUUGAAAAACUAAAUAUUGAUCAAUGACUGUGAUCCUUAACUCUAUCUGCUAGCUUGAAAGUAAAAUAGGGCUUUGUGGAGUGUGAGUAAGUUUUGUAUGAAAUAUAAAAGAAUAGAGUUUAGUGUAAUGGACACCUGCCUCCUCUCUCUGUUCUCUCAGCUUAACUUUGAGAGAUUCAGUCUGUCAGGAUCUGUGUUUGACACACAAUCAAAAUAACUCCCACAAGCUGGCCACGAAAAAAUAGAAGGACACACACCCUGUUGCACAACACAAUCCCCUCUCACUGUGUAAAACCUCCAUCUGGGAGAGAGCAACAGCUAGCUCAUUGUUGUCUUCCUUCCCUUCUGUUCCCUCCCUGAAUUGUUGUUGUUGUGUUGGUGUUAGUUGGAUGGGCUUGAGUGGAGGUGCAGGGGAGCUCUUUGAACUCAAUGGCCUUUUCAUACUCCACACUAAGCCCUGAUUCCUCUGUUAGUCAUUGUGUUGCUUUUAUGUGGUUAGAUGAGCAGUUUUUUGAUGGCGCCUGCAUUUUCUCAGCUUAUUCAGAUUAGAGUUUCGUCUUGUUGUCUGUUAGUUUCUAUAGUUCAGGGUGGUUCAAAGAAGCAGUGUUGAUUUGGUAUGAGUCACGUGAUGCAGGUGAACGAAGCAGUGUUGAUUUGGUAUGAGUCACGUGAUGCAGGUGAACGAAGCAGUGUUGAUUUGGUAUGAGUCACGUGAUGCAGGUGAACAUUGUUUUUUUUCUACCUACAUUAGAAUCACAGUAUUCUGUCCUGUGAGAUGAGUGGAGGCUUUUUCUGCAGUGUUUGACCAAUUUUUCAACCAACUCUUUGUCCUAAUGUUGUUUUUCUUCUGAUAAUUUCAGACUGCAAUGCACAGGUCCAUAAGGGCUGCAGAGAGAGUCUUCCUGUGUGUGUCAAGGUCAAAAUGAAGGUAAAGUUUGGCUUUGCUCUGUCUUUCAGCUGUCUACAAUGCGUCGUCACUCACACACACAGGAACAGAAUGUGUCUGAUCAGUCUCUGUCUAACAUGUGAAUGAAUUGGCAACAGGCUUGUUAUUGGCAUUGAUGUAUCGUAAUACUCCACUGUAUUUUAAGGGGACAUUCCGUUGUGUUUUUCAGCAGCAGAAGCAGCAGACCGUGGUAGAUUCUGCAUCCGUGUCCGGAGUCAUGUUGAGAUGUAAAUGUAAUACAUACUUAUUUGUACACUAAUUCCAUGUCUGUCAUUCUAAUCAAACCUAUAUCUAUGUUUGUUUCUAUCUAUGCAAAUAUGAUCUAGCUGCUGAGAAUGGGACGGCGCAUAAUAAUGGCCGGAAUGGAGUGAAUGGAAUGGGAUCAAACACAUGGUUUUCAUAUGUUUGAUACCACUCCAUUCAGUCCAUUAAACUCCAUUCCAGCCAUUAUUAUGAGCCGUCCUCCCUGCAGCAGCCUCCACUGAUUCUCAAGUACUGCAUGUAUGUAUUCUCAAGUACUGCAUGUAUGUAUUCUCAUGUAUGUAUUCUCAAGUACUGCAUGUAUGUAUUCUCAAGUAAUGCAUGUGCACUACCGGUCAAAAGUUUUAGAAGACUUUUUUUUCCUGUUUUUAUUGACAUUUAAGCAGUUCAAGUCAAGUGAAUAACCUGAAAUGGUAAACUGCCAGAGGUAAAAAAAUAUUUUUAAAAAAGUGAAAAAUAAUGUACAUUUCAGAGUUAUAAAAAGAGGCCUUUUUCAGGGAACAAGUAAAGGGUUAACAACUUACAGCUGUUCUGCAGCAAUGGAAGUCAAUUAAGCCUUGAAAGUUGAUGCUAACAAUUACUACAGGUGUCCCAACUUUUGUUGAUUACUUCCAAACCCUCUGUCUGUAUAAAAGCAGUGUUGGAACAGACUGUGUUACUACACCCUCUUAAGCAUUAUUUGGACAGUAUUGUACUGCAGGAAGUAGUAUAUUGCUGUCAUAAUGGCGAGGAAAAGGCAAUUAACAAAGGAAGACAGACAGACCAUUAUAACCCUUAACAGUGUAGGUCUUUCCUUUAGAGAAAUUGCAAAGAAAGCCAAGGUGUCAGUGAGUAAGUACAGUUUCCUACACCAUCAAAUGGCACCUGGAAACUGGAGGAAACUCUGACAGGAAGAGGUCAACAGCUUGCGUGAUAUGCGGCUCACAGGACAACAGCUUCAAGCACAGCUUAACACUGGUCGAAGUAAGCAAGUCUCAGUUUCAACUGUGAAGAGAAGACUUCGAGCUGCAGGUUUGACAGGUGGAGUGGCAGUAAGAAAGCCAUUGCUAAGAUGGCAAAAAAAAAAAAAAAGGCUUGCCUGGGCCAUGAAGCACCGCCAGUGGACUACUGAAGACUGGAAGAAGGCCUUAUGGAACGAUUAAUGAAAAUGUGAAAUCUUCGGUUCAUCACACAGGGUUUUUGUACUCCGUCGCGUAGGCGAAAGGAUGGUUCCUCAGUGUGUGACACCAACUGUCAAACAUGGAGGAGGAAGCGUGAUGGUCUGGGGCUCUUUUGCUGGAUCCAGAGUCGCCGACUUGCACAAAGUGAGUGGCACCCUGAACCAAAACGGCACCACAGCAUUUUGCAGUGCCAUGCAAUACCCUCUGGUGUACACCUAGCUGGUCAGGGCUUCAUCCUACAGCAAGAUAAUGACCCAAAACAUACAGUGAGGGAAAAAAGUAUUUGAUCCCCUGCUGAUUUUGUACGUUUGCCCACUGACAAUGAAAUUAUCAGUCUAUAAUUUUAAUGGUAGGUUUAUUUGAACAGUGAGAGACAGAAUAAUAACAAAAAAAUCCAGAAAAACGCAUUUCAAAAAUGUUAUAAAUUGAUUUGCAUUUUAAUGAGGGAAAUAAGUAUUUGACCCCCUCUCAAUCAGAAAGAUUUCUGGCUCCUAUGUGUCUUUUAUACAGGUAACGAGCUGAGAUUAGGAGCACACUCUUAAAGGGAGUGCUCCUAAUCUCAGCUUGUUACCUGUAUAAAAGACACCUGUCCACAGAAGCAAUCAAUCAAUCAGAUUCCAAACUCUCCACCAUGGCCAGACCAAAGAGCUAUCCAAGGAUGUCAGGGACAAGAUUGUAGACCUACACAAGGCUGGAAUGGGCUACAAGACCAUCGCCAAGCAGCUUGGUGAGAAGGUGACAACAGUUGGUGCAAUUAUUCGCAAAUGGAAGAAACACAAAAUAACUGUCAAUCUCCCUCGGCCUGGGGCUCCAUGCAAGAUCUCACCUUGUGGAGUUGCAAUGAUCAUGAGAACGGUGAGGAAUCAGCCCAGAACUACACGGGAGGAUCUUGUCAAGGUUCGCAAGGCAGCUGGGACCAUAGUCACCAAGAAAACAAUUGGCAACACACUACGCCGUGAAGGACUGAAAUCCUGCAGCGCCCGCAAUGUCCCCCUGCUCAAGAAAGCACAUAUACAGGGCCGUCUGAAGUUUGCCAAUGAACAUCUGAAUGAUUCAGAGGAGAACUGCGUGAAAGGGUUGUGGUCAGAUGAGACCAAAAUCGAGCUCUUUGGGAUCAACUCAACUCGCCGUGUUUGGAGGAGGAGGAAUGCUGCCUAUGACCCCAAGAACACCAUCCCCACCGUCAAACAUGGAGGUGGAAACAUUUUUUUCUGCUAAGGGGACAGGACAACUUCACCGCAUCAAAGGGACGAUGGACGGGGCCAUGUACCGUCAAAUCUUGGGUGAGAACCUCCUUCCCUCAGCCAGGGCAUUGAAAAUGGGUCGUGGAUGGGUAUUCCGGCAUGACAAUGACCCAAAACACAUGGCCAAGGCAACAAAGGAGUGGCUCAAGAAGAAGCACAUUAAGGUCCUGGAGUGGCCUAGUCAGUCUCCAGACCUUAAUCCCAUAGAAAAUCUGUGGAGGGAGCUGAAGGUUCGAGUUGCCAAACGUCAGCCUCGAAACCUUAAUGACUUGGAGAAGAUCUGCAAAGAGGAGUGGAACAAAAUCCCUCCUGAGAUGUGUGCAAACCUGGUGGCCAACUACAAGAAACGUCUGACCUCUGUGAUUGCCAACAAGGGUUUUGCCACCAAGUACUAAGUCAUGUUUUGCAGAGGGGUCAAAUACUUAUUUCCCUCAUUAAAAUGCAAAUCAAUUUAUAACAUUUUUGACAUGCGUUUUCCUGGAUUUUGUUGUUGUUAUUCUGUCUCUCACUGUUCAAAUAAACCUACCAUUAAAAUUAUAGACUGAUCAUGUCUUUGUCAGUGGGCAAACGUACAAAAUCAGCAGGGGAUCAAAUACUUUUUUCCCUCACUGUACCUCCAGGCUGUCAGAACUACCUUAGAAGAAAAUAACAAGAUGGUAGACUUCAAAUCAUGGAAUGGCCAGCACAGUCUCCAGACAUAAACCCCAUCCAGCUGGUUUGGGAUGAACUGGGCAGAAGGGUGAAAGCAAAGCACCCUACAAGUGCAACACAUUUGUGGGAUCUUCUGCAACAGUGUUGGGAAGAACUUUCCAAACAAUAUUUGAUUUGCAUUGUAGAAAGAAUGCCACGAGUGUGUUCGGCUGUUAUGUCUGCAAAAGGUGGCUACUUUGAUGAGUCAAAAAUGUUGAUUACAUUUUGUUAAACAAAACGAUUCCAUGAUUUAUUUUUUGUCUCCAAUUGUUUAUUUGUUCUACGCUUUUAAUUUCAGAGUACAUUAAGACAUUAAACUGUGUGAAUUUCAAUAAAAACUGGAAAAAUGGAGGUGUUCUAAAACUUUUGACCGGUAGUGUAUGUAUUCUCAUGUACUGCAUGUAUGUAUUCUCAAGUACUGCAUGUAUGUAUUCUCAAGUACUGCAUGUAUAUUUUUAAGUACAGUAAGUUUGUGUCCAUAUGCAUUAGGCUGCCUGUGCAUUUAUGUGCACCCAUAUCUCUAUGAGAUAUACUAAUUUCUGUGCUUGUGAUCAGCCACGUCGUCGUCAUCUCGGGAGCGUCCGUGGUCUGCCAUCUCGUCCCCUGACAACCAGGCCAUGGUCACGGUGGCGGCGGUGGUGCCUCGCAGGAAUCCCAGCAUCCUCUCCAGCAACCUGUCCAAGAGCAUCUCCAUCAGCAAUAUCGCAGGGUGAGACACAACACCACUCAACCACCAACCAGCUCACUAUCGCCCCCUUCACACACUCGGGUUGUACAUUUUCAUGCUGACACACUCAUCACUUGUGUGAGUGUGUACGCAACUUAUGUUAUUACUCUGAUAGUCACUCUUUCACUAACUAUGUUUCUCUCUCCCACUCCGUCUGUCUGUCCAUGCAGGCCAUUGAUGGAUGAGAUGCCUCUGAAGGGCUUGAAGUACCUGUCCCAGUCCACAGACUCACUACACAAGAUCUCCAAGGUCAACGAGUCCACUGAGUCUCUCACUGAUGAAGGUGAGUUACCCUAAGAGUCAUCAAGUCAUAGAGCCUGUAUUGUCUAAUCAUGUUCCCCCAUCAUUGUAGGGAUCGCUUCAAAUGAGUGAGCAAAUGUGAAACACAUUGAACAUGUUCAGAUUACCUCCGAUGUUUUCAGCUGUUUUAUUUCAAUGUAUUGAUUGCAUUGAUCCUAGCUCAGUAAUGAACAGUGUAUGUGUAGGAGCGCACACGUAUGCUCACAGUACCUACAGUAUAGCAAGCCCUCGUGUUCCUGUCUGUGUUGUCGUAGGGACUGAAAUGAUGGACAGCCAGCUGAUGGGGGAGUUUGAGGCGGAGUCUAAGGAUCUGGAGGCAGACUCCUGGACCUUCACUGUGGACAAGAAGUAUGUGAAGGGGCUCAAGAAGGAAGUGGUCAAGAGACAGGACGUAAUCUAUGGUAGGAGGACACUCGCACUACCACUCAUGCCAUUACAUUGGGAUUUACUUUGUUUCGUUCAAGCAAUUUAUUGGAGAAGUUAUCAUAUCAUCAGUAUUGUGGGUUAGGAUAUCGGUUACUCACUACAAACGCAAUAGUAGGGUGCUGUUCAUUGGGAAUUCACACUAUAACCCCUCAUCUUUAACCCUAAAUAAUUUUUAUAAUACUAUAACCAUUCCCAUCAUGCCCCUCUCCAGAACUGGUCCAGACAGAGAUGCACCACGUGCGGACGCUGAGGAUCAUGUCUGAGGUGUACAGUAAGGGACUGCAAAAGGAGGUGCAACUGGAGACCCAGGUGGUGGAGCGAGUUUUCCCCAUGCUGGAUGAACUCCUGGAACUACACACACACUUCUUCACACACCUCCUGGAACGCAAGAGGGAAUCCUCCAUCGAGGGCCGGGACGACGGUAGCUUCCUCAUCCGCAAGAUAGGAGAUGUGCUCGUCUCACAGGUCAGCAGGGGAAGAUUUGGUUUAGAGAACGUUGAAUGUUGUAGAAAUGUUGAUUAUUAGGCAAAUCGGUUUGUUGGUAGUAAUCUUACAUGAUUUUCUUGUCUGGUGUUCAGUUCUCAGGUCCCAAUGCCGACCGCAUGAAAAAAGUAUAUGGGAAAUUCUGCAGCCGCCACAAUGAGGCGGUCAACUUUUAUAAGGAGCUUCACACCAAAGACAAACGCUUCCAAGCCUUUAUCAAGGUAACUACUCUCUGGUGUCAGCGUGAUGUUUGUUUACAUAUCCUAAUCUCACCAUCAAUAAUUAGGGCCCUAAACAGUAUGGAAAAUAUCACUCUCUCCACCAGAUGGGGCCAACACUCUGUUGUCAUUUUUUGUGUGGGUUUAAACACACAUUUACAUCUGCUAAAGUCAUCAUUAAGACAUUGUAUGAAACACUAUAUAAGUAUCUCUAUUUUAUUUGUUUUUCAGAAAAAGAUGAGUAGCACAAUCGUCCGAAGACUAGGCAUCCCAGAGUGCAUCUUAUUAGUGACACAGCGAAUAACCAAGUACCCCGUGUUACUACAGAGGAUACUGCAGCACACCAAAGGUGAGAGAGACCUCCUGUGAGACUUAUAGCUACACCUCUACUGAGUAAUGUUAUAUAGUCUUAUUCUGUAUGCUUUGAAUGGCACUCGUAAACUUUGUUGGUAGCAGAAAGAACGCAAUGGAGAUUGUUGGGAAGUCUUGGCCUCUGUACAAUAUGUAUUGAAGUGACAUGCUGAUGUUUGACAUGUACAGAGAACGAGGAGGACCAUGAGGAUAUAACCCAGGCUCUGAGGCUGGUGAAGGAGAUUCUAAAUGCAGUGGACAGCAAGGUGAACGAACAUGAUAAGAAGAAACGGUUAAAAGAGGUGUACAGUCGUACGGACAGCAAGUCCAUUCAGAGGAUGAAGAGCGGACAGAUGUUUGCACGGGAGGACCUGGUGAGAGGCAGGAGGCUGCUGCAUGACGGACCGCUGCAGCUCAAGAACUCUGCAGGCAGGCUAAAGGGUAUGGGAUCAGCCUCGUUUAUCACUGUCUCACUCUCUCUUUCUUGCUCUCUCCUGUCUAUCUCUCUCUCUUUCUCCAUCUCCUCUCUUUCUCAUCCCCUCCUCUCUCCCCCACUCUUUCUAUAUUUUUCUUGUCCUUCUCUCCCCUUCUCGCUCUCUUAUUCCCCCUCCGUCUCUUUUUCUCUCUCUCUCUCUCUCUCUCUCUCUCUCUCUCUCUCUCUCUCUCUCUCUCUCUCUCUCUCUCUCUCUCUCUCUCUCUCUCUCUCUCCCUCUCUCCCCUCUCUCUAUUCCCCCCCCCCCCCCCCCCCCCCCUUCUUUCCUCCACUGAUCCUGACUCUGUUAUUUUCCAUAGAUGUCCAGGCCAUGCUGCUGUCGGACGUGUUUGUGUUCCUCCAGGAGAAAGACCAGAAAUAUGUCUUUGCCUCACUGGUAUGUUAUGUUUGUUAUUCCCAGCACAUUGUUCCCUAUGGUACUACACUCUGAAGUAUAAAGAACCAUGCCCUUUUUUUACAAUACAGGUCUAUCACGCGUUAGUUUACUCCAAGAUUAGCUUGCUUUGCUGUUACAAUACAGGUCUAUCUAGGUUUUCCAGCUAUAUUGUGUAAGACUACCACACAAGGCUAUUGUAUGGUAUAUGCACGUUUUAAUGAACCAGUAACAUUGGCAUGGUUACACUCUUGGCAGAAUUUUGCUAUCCUGCAGUUUUUUAUCAUUCAGUGGAGAUUGGAGUUUUCAUUCAGUUCCCGUUUCCUUGGGCUAAACAUUGAAUUUCCCGCAAGUAGCUUCCAUAGAAACCUCCCACUGGUCUAUACAUCCUUCAAUAGAAAUCUGGUCUAAACAUCCUUUCACCUCCUUCCUCCCUCUCCUUCCCUCUCUCUCUUCCCGCCUCUCCCUCCAUUCCUCCCCCCCUCUCUUUCCCCUCCACCCCCUCUCUUCCAUCCCUCAGGAUCAGCGGUCCACAGUGAUCUCCCUGCAGAAGCUGAUAGUGCGGGAGGUGGCUAACGAGGAGAGGGGUCUCUUCCUGAUCACAGCGGGGAUAGAGAAGCCAGAGAUGGUGGAGGUGCUGGCCAGCACCAAGGAGGAACGCAACACCUGGAUGCAGCUCAUACAGGACGCCAUGCACUCCAUGUGAGUCAGUUAGACAGGAACACACAUAGAUAUAGAAAUACUAGAAUGGGAGAAGCCCCUCAGACCACAGCAAUUCUAUUCUUUUUUAAAGAUGUAAUUCUAUUUAUAUGGGAACAGACACAGUAUAUCCACAGAUACUAUAUAGAGCAUGUUAGCUUGACACUACAUUUACAGAGUGAAUUACAGUUAGUGCAUUCAUCUUAAGAUAGCUAGGUGGGAGAACCACAUAUCACAGUCAUUGUAAGUACUUUUCAACUCAAUAAAGUAGCUAUCAGCAAAGUCAGAGGUAGUAAAAAAAAAAAGUCAAGACGUGAAAGUUCACGGAAAAUGUGUUUUUUUAACGUAUUUAUUAUUUUAAAUGCAGUGUAAAUGGUUUGAUUGAUAAAUGAUUGUGUAUGUGAACAGAGAGAAGGAUGAUGAUGAGGGAAUCCCCAGUGAGACCGAGGAAGACAAGAGACUGCUGGAGACCAAAGCACGGGAGAUGAGAGGUAAAACCUGUUCUCUUUUGUUCUGCUAACCAUUUGCCCAAAAAUAUGACCAGUAAGACAGGUAAUAACCACAGUGUCUCCCUCUGUCUGUUCCUCCCAGAGCUGCUGAGGAAGAAGGACGAGCAGAUCGUGUGUCUGUUGAAGGAGAAGUUGAAGGUGUUCAGGGACAUGUGUGAGGGUGGCAGCGGCCCAGCGGAGGAGACCAGCCCAGCCCAGUCCAUCAGGACCAGGAUGCUGUUCAGAGCCACCCCAGACUACGUCACCAAGGGAGAGCCCAUCAUGAAGGAUGCCUUGAGGGAAGGUGAGUCAAGAGUGGACAGUCGGCGGCCCAGAGACCACACACACAACACAGGUGACCCUUUAUCCAAUCAGUGGUGACCUAUUGAAUUACCUGGUCACAUGGCCCAACCAGUGAUUUCCCCCUGAAGAAACACAUAACCAAUUAGAAGUAAUUGGGGAAUUACCUGAAAAUACCCCAUGUAUAAUAUAAUGCCAGUAGCAGCUGAAAGACCAGGGCAGAGAGAUUACAGAAUACUGCUGAAAACGCAUUGUUGGCUAAAGCCAGAGUGAUAUAUGGGUACUUGUCAUAGUUAUUUAUAUCAUUUUUUCCACUCUGUAGACAGGGAUGGAAUCAAUGCAUAAGUGUAAUCUGAUUCUGCUGUGCAGAAAGAAAACAAAUGGAUUGCUUUAAAGCUGCAGGUUGAGUAAUGGGCCAGAUAUUGAUAUUUUCCUCAUUUUCUCUUCCCUUAGUAACCCAGUUUAUGUAGGUCUGACUGGGUUGCUUUAGCUGAUAGUAGUGUGUGUAGUAGACGUUACUGAAAUCGUACAGGAUGAUGUGUGUGCGUGUGUAUGUGUGUGCGUACAUGUAACCAUGCAAUGGUCACAAGACCUGGCAAAUAGCAAUGAAAAACAACACACAACUGUGAAUGAUUUUAUGUCACGGUACUGCAAGAAUAAAGCACCAGAGUAGAGGUCUGCGCAGGACUAAUUUCUUCAUACCACACCCGCCCGCUCCCUCCUGCUGGCUUUCUAUCUGACUCCCACCUGCUCCCGCAAGAACUGGUCCCUGGUUAUUUUGGGCAUAUGUGAUGCAGUUUACUUGCCAGCCAUGGUCCUAGCAAUUGUGCGCCCUAUAGGCAAUAACAAAAUGCGCAAAAAUAACUUAAGAAAUAGGUUAAAUUACCAGAGAUUGUCACGUGGCCCAUUAUAUUAGGCUAUAGGUAUUACUGGGCUAUAUCAGCCAAUAGGCUAGGCAUAGUUUGAAGAGAGCAUAGUUGGAGAGAGAGCAGAGACAUGCACUUUCUCUUGAGCUACGGUUCAUAGACUACCUUUUAUGAGCGGGGCAUCUUUCAGAUGGAGACAAAUAUGGGUGAUUCAUAUUUAAUUCUAUGCAAUGUAGUAAACUAUAGGCUAAUCAUAUUUAGUAAGUUAAUUUCCUUGGAAAGAUAACUGCCCUGUGCUUCUCCGCCUGUGCAUAGGCUAUAGCCUAAUCUAGGCUAUUUAAUUGAGACCACACGCGCACCUGAUCUCGCAUGAACUGUAUGGCUACUGAAAUUGAAGCAGCAAGAAUGAUGAGAGCGGACAGUGGCACUUUCUCUUGAGCUACGUUUUGCAUAUAGGAUAUAGCCUACCUUUUUAGGAGCACGACAAUUUGCAGGCAGAGACAAAUAAAUGACUAAUCAAUAUUUAUUGAAAAGGCGCAACGCUCACUCACCAUGGUAACCUAUAUGCAUGCUUUCACAUUUUCCUUCCCUUACGGAAAAAACACAUGAUUUCACAUGUGGAAAAUCACAUAAGUUCACAUGUGGAAAAUCACAUAAGUUCACAUGUGGAAAAUCACAUAAGUUCACAUGUGGAAAAUCACAUAAGUUCACAUGUGGAAAACAUCGUUUUUUCAUCUUACAUAUUUGACACACAUGACUACAUUGCAUGUUCAUUUAUACAGUAAUUAUUAUUUAAUGUGUCCUGACCUGGGAUUUGAACUCACAACCUCUUAGUUCACUGCAUUCAGAUAUUUCUGCCACUCCACCACGUCUGUGUCAAUGACUGAUUUCAACUGUAUUCCUACACUUUGGACGUCAAAGUCAAUCUCAGCUUGGUUAAAGAUAUAGAAUGGGUGGCCAGUAAUAAACUGGUCCUGAACAUCUCGAAAGCUAAGAGCAUUGUAUUUGGUACAAAUCAUUCCCUAAGCUCUAGACCUCUGAAUCUGAAGAUGAAUCUGGUAAUGAAUGGUGUGGCUGUUGAACAAGUUGAGACUAAAUUACUUGGUGUUACCUUAAAUUGUAAACUGUCAUGGUCAAAACAUAUAGAAUCAAUGGUUGUAAAGAAGGGGAGAGGUCUGUCCAUAAUAAAUAGAUGCUCUGCUUUUUUGACACCACACUCCAAAAACCAAGUCCUUCAGGCUCUAGUUUGUCUUAUCUUGAUUAUUGUCCAGUCGUGUGGUCAAGUGCUGCAAAGAAAGACCUAGUUAAGCUGCAGCUGGCCCAGAAGUCUUGCUCUUCAUUGUAAUCAGAGGGCUAAUAUAAAUACUAUGCAUGCCAGUCUCGCUUGGCUAAGAGUUGAGGAAAGACUGACUGCAUCACUUCUUGUUUUUAUAAGAAACAUUAAUAUGUUGAAAAUUCCAAAUUGUUUGCAUAGUCAACUUACACACAGCUCUGACACACACGCUUAACCCACAAGACAUGCCACCAGGGGUAUUUUCACAGUCUCCAAAUCCAGAACAAAUUCAAGAAAGCGUCUACUAUAAUAUAGAGCCAUUACUGUAUGGAACUCCCUUCCAUCUCAUAUUGCUCAAAAGAACCGCAAACCUGGUUUAAAAAAACUGAUAAAGCAACACCUCACGGCACAACGCCUACGUGUGCCGUUUUUACAUUUAUGUAGUUCUGUCCUUGAGCUGUUCUUGUCUAUUAAUGUUCUGUAUUAUGUCAUAUUUCAUGUUUUGUGUGGACCCCAGGAAAAGUAGCUACUGUUUUCGCAACAGCUAAUCCUGAUAAAAUAUGAAAAUACCAGAUACACUCAAGAAAAACUCAAAUUGCUGAAUAAGGAAAUGAAAUGAAUGAUGAGAGAAUAGUCAGAUGAACUGAUUCCUUCAUAUGUUUUAGAUGAACAGCGUACCACUUACUUUAAAACCAUUAUACCAUUACUAUGUGCAAACAUAGAGGGAGUUCUAUUAACCUGAGCCGCGGUGCAGCGGUCUAUGGCCAGUGACGUGAACGGGCAAAAGUGGCGAGGGAGGAGUGUCCUUCUCAAAUCAAACAGUAAUCUGCGACGCUCGGUCAUGUUGUCAACAAGGCAGCAUGGUGCAUUGUCCAGAAACAUACAACAUCUCUUUUCCAUAAAAUGUGUUAGUAUUUUCAAACUAGUUUUCAUUUGGAAGGCAGAUAAAGCAUAUCUAAAAGCAAUCACUUUUUUCAUUACUCCACGUGCUUAAUCUACGUCACUUUUGUUUGGAGCCGACUUCGCCGUGGGCUUUGAACAGGGCACCUGGCUCACGCCCGGGAGGCAGCCUGGUUUCAAAAGUAAACUCCUCACACCGGGGCAAACCAUGCUAGAUAAUCGAAUCCCCUCAAUAAUAUCUCAUGUGAAAUCUUCUAAAAACACGUUUGCACAUGAUUUCACAUGUAGAAUUCAUGUGUUUCUUCCGUAAGGGUUUUCAAUUAUUUGUUUGAUUGCACCACGACUCACUUGUGUGAGCGCCCUCCACUUCUUUCCAUUAUCAAUAUUUAUUUACAGACACUGUAGUAAACGAUAUAAUCCUGUAUUAGUUAAUUUCCUUGGAAGGAUAACCACCAUGUGAUUCUCCACCCAUGCAUAGGCAGGCUACACAUAUACUAGGCACACUUGAUCUCACACGCCCAACUAGGAGAGGAGAGGUAGGCUACUGAAGUUGAAGCAGCGAAUUCUGAGAGUGUAUGAAUAAUGCAACAAAGAUGUGCUUUUAAUACAAUAGGUAGGCUAAAGCAUACAAGGCAGAAAGACCAGCGUUUCCAAAUAUUCUGCAGAACAAAAAAAAAAAUUCAUCCCAAAAUUGUCUGACCGCAUGCCCUCUCCCGCCCACAGCAUGAAAAAUGUAGACCACGCCUCAAUGAUCUCUGCAGCCCUCUACACCAGAGCGCAGGACCUAUCCUCACGUGUGUGGUUUGUGUGUGUUUCAGUGGAGACUCUCCAUGUGCUGGUGAAUGGCAGUCUGGGCGGGGCCGUGGGGCAGCAGGUGUCCAGUACCCAGGAUGCAUCAGGGGGCAGUGUGGGGCCGGUUUGUCUGCCUCGUCGCGCUGAGACCUUCGGAGGCUUCGACAGCCACCAGAUGAACAUCUCCAAGAGUAAGAACAACUCACACACUCCUACUCCCUCUCUCCCUAUGUACCCUGACUGGCUGUCAUGCUGCAGGUGACUGUCAUUAUCUGCAGCUGUGGGCUAAAGGUCUCCUGUUUUUCCUUCCAGACGGAGAGAAAGAAGAGGGGGAUGACUCAUUAGACCUUCGGAGGACUGAGUCAGACAGUGUGUUAAAGAAGGUAAUUACAGUAACUAGACAGCUCAGAGAUGUGUGUAUGUGCCACAUCAAAGGAUACACACCACACACCACACACACACACACACACACACACACACCGUGCACUUUGUGCAUGAACUUUCCAUUCUUUUUAACUCUUCUAACCCAUGCCAUCAGGAGGGAUUUAAACUGAGCUGUGUCUCAGAAGGCCUGCGUCUGCCCAUCACCACCACUGACAUUAACAGACAGACAUUAGCCCUGGCCCUGGACUGAGGGCUGAGCAAAACUGAGGAAGUCCAUAUUGUUAAGGCUCCAUGAGGCUAGGCGAUGCCCCCGGUCCAGGCUGGGCUGUGUGGGAGCAGCCCUGUGCUUUGAAUGCCUAUAAUCUCCUCUGCUCAGGCCCAGGCCUCUCCGGCAGGCAGGUGGGAUCAAGCUCUUCCUCUGAGGGGGUGAUUAACAUUGCCCCUCGGUAGCUCUGUUAAUAUCUCAGUAACUAACUGCAGCUGUGCUUGUCUUCGUCCACAGGGGGGCAACAACAACCUACUGCUGCUGCUCAAGAGGAACAGUGAGGUAGGUCUGACUCCUACGCUAUGUUAGGCUUCCAGCAAACUGUACAUCCCUGACUGACUAACUGGCUCUGUGAGAGAGGCAUCACUAUAUUUGCUCCCACGCACAAGCCUCUCUCUGCUGUACUGUGCUAUGCAGUAGGUUAUUUCAUAGGAAGUAUUUUUGUGUAUAUGUACCUACUGUGUAACCAUAUGCAGAGGUGACAUUUUUUAUAAUCUCUCUUCCUGUCUAAUAGCAGGUCCUCCAUAGUGUCACACAUCUCCAUGACCUCCUCAACACACUGCAGGUACGGACACUUCCUCACAUCUCCUCUAUGGUUAGACCAAAUAGAGCUGCUAAAAAGCACACUGACACACAAGCAGUCCAUUAGUAUAGGUGAUACGACUGUUUACAUCCGUGUGUGUUCUGCAGGCGGUGGUGGUUCAGCAGGACACCUUCAUCGAGAACCAGCGUCAUGCUCUGGCUGAGCGGCCAGCCUCCCGCCACUCCUCCACCUCCUCCCUGUCCUCCACCUCCUCGCGGCCCAACUCCCUGAUCGAGCAGGAGAAGCAGCGCAGCCUGGAGAAGCAGAGGCAGGAGGUAGCCAACCUGCAGCGCCAGCAGGCGGCCCACGUUGACGAGCGGAGGAGGAGGGAGAGGGAGUGGGAGGUGAGGGAGUCGGGGCUGAGCGACAGGGAGGCGCAGGUGAAGGAGCAGGACGAGGAGACGGCGAGGAGGCGCAGGCAGCUGGAGGAGGAGAGGCAGGAGCUGCAGAGGAGGAAGGAGGAGUACCAGAGGGAUCUGGAGAGGCUGAGGGACGCCCAGAGGAAGCUGGACAGAGACAGGGAGACGCUGCGGAGGGAGGCUGAGAUGGUGGAGCAGAUGAAAAAGGCUGAGGUGAGCUAGAACAGUUGGUGCUGCCCAUUGCUCUCUGUCUGCUACUUUGAUGUAACAGCAUUUUACCACAAUUGACUACACAUACAUUAUUUAGUGAUGCCCUUAGAAUUAACCCUUUACUUACUGCUUACCCUAACCUCCACCUGGGCUCAAGCCUGAGCUUCUAAUCCUAAAGCUAGCUCAACCUUGACUCCGAGAUAUAAUCUCUUACAUUAAUUUUAAGAUAACAUCACUAAGUGUAUGUGAAGCGUAACUAUUUUUCUUGUUGCAUGGUGUUUGAUUUGAUCGGUAGGCAGAGCAGGCACACAGGACCCAGCGGACGCCCUCCUCCACCUCAGAGGAGUCCAUGAAGUUUCAGAGCUCCACCUCUCUGGAUAA